AUGACAGGUCUGCACCUUGCAGCAUAUUUCGGACUUUGGAACCUCGCGUCCAUUCUGCUUGGCAAGAAUCAUGAUAUUGAAUUUGAGGAUAAAGAUGGCCGGACUCCGCUCUCAUUUGCAGCUGGGAAUGGGCAGGAGGCAGUGGUGAAGCUGCUGCUUGAGGAGAAUGCCAAUGUCGAAUCUGAAGAUAAAGAUGGCCGGACCCCGCUCUCAUUUGCAGCUGGGAAUGGGCGGGAGGCAGUGGUGAAGCUUCUGCUUCAGCAGAAUGCCAAUGUUGAAUCGGAAGAUAAAUAUGGCCGGGCCCCGCUCUCAUUUGCAGCUGGGAAUGGGCAGGAGGCAGUGGUGAAGCUACUGCUUGAGAAGAACGCCAAUGUCGAAUCUGAAGUUAAAGAUGGCCGGACCCCGCUCUCAUUUGCAGCUGAGUAUGGGCGGGAGGCAGUGGUGAAGCUGCUGCUUGAGAAGGAUGCCAAUGUCGAAUCUAAAGAUAAAGAUGGCCGGACUCCGCUCUUGGGUGCAGCUGGGAAUGGGCGGGAGGCAGUGGUCAAGCUGCUGCUUGAGAAGGAUGCCAAUGUCGAAUCUGCAGAUAAAUAUGGCCGGACCCCGCUCUCAUAUGCAGCCUCGAAAGGGCAUGAGGCAGUGGUGAAGCUCCUGCUUGAGAAGGAUGCCAAUGUCGAAUCUGCAGUUAAAGAUGGCCAGACCCCGCUUUUUGUUGCAGCCCGGCUGCGGCAGGAGGCAGUGGUGAAGCUUCUGCUUGAGAAGGAUGUCAAUCUGAAGAUAAAGAUGGCUGGACUCCGCUCUUUGUUGCAGCUUCGAAUGGGCAUGAGGCAGUUGUGA